AUGAUGCGGCUCUUGAUCGCCUCUCUUGCUAUCAUCGUUACUUUAGCUCAUGCAAAAACCGAGAAACAAGAAGUCUCUGCGUUGAAUGUGAUGUUCACGAGCUUAAAUUCACCGCCCAAACUCAAAGGCUGGAAAUCUAGCGGAGGUGAUCCCUGUGACGGCUCUUGGGAAGGCGUUAAAUGCAAAGGCUCAUCGGUCACUGAAUUACAGUUGUCAGGGUAUGAGUUAAGUGGAUCGCUAGGUUAUCUACUAAGCAACCUCAAAUCUCUCACAACUUUUGAUCUCAGCAAAAACAAUCUCAAAGGAAACAUACCUUACCAACUCCCACCCAACAUUGCCAAUCUAGACUUUUCUGAGAACGAACUCGAUGGAAACGUACCCUACUCGUUAUCUCAAAUGAAUAAACUCAAAAGCAUUAAUCUUGGACAGAACAAACUCGAUGGAGAACUUUCAGAUAUGUUUCAGAAACUCUCCAAACUCGAAACUGUGGACUUCUCGUUAAAUAAACUCUCUGGGAAAUUACCUCAGAGUUUUGCUAAUCUCACAAGCCUCAAGAAACUACAUUUGCAGGAGAAUCGAUUCAAAGGAGACAUAAACGUACUCAGGAACCUUCCCAUCGAUGACUUGAACAUAGAAGACAACCAGUUCGAAGGAUGGAUACCUAACGAACUCAAGGAAAUAGACAGCUUACUGACUGGAGGAGGCAACGACUGGUCAACAGAAACUGCUCCGCCGCCACCACCAGGUGUUAAAUACGGUCGAAAAUCCGGAGGAUCUAAUCAGGGAGGAGGUAUGAGUAUCGGCACCGGACUGAUGAUAGCCGGAGCAAGCUUAGGAGUUCUUGUCUUAAUCAUCGUUCUGAUCGGUCUUGUCUCCAAGAAAAAAUCAUCUCCCAAUCCUCACUUCAUCGAUGAAGACAACAUCCAACACACGCCAAGGCUCAGAUCUAUGAGAUCUCAUGGAUCUUCACAAGAGCUUCGCAUCGACUUCGGCAACGAUUACAAAGGUAGAAAAUCUUUAGACUCAGAUGAUGAGAAUGUGCAAGGGGUUGGAUCAAAGGGGCUAAAGCAUUCGGUUUCAUCGCGUGUGAUGUCUUUCAACGACACCGAGUUCGCGAACAAGCUCAACGCAAAACGAACCACUUCGACUCGUGCUGCUACUGAGUUCGAGCUCUCUGAUCUGCAAACCGCAACAGCUAACUUCGCACCUGGUAAUCUACUUGGAGAAGGCUCGAUAGGACGUGUUUACAGAGCGAAAUACCCUGAUGGACGUACUUUGGCGGUUAAGAAGAUCGAUUCAACAUUAUUCGAUUCGAGUAAAUCAGAAGGGUUAACGGCUAUAGUGAUGGGCGUCUCGAAGAUUCGGCACCAGAACAUAGCAGAGCUCGUAGGUUACUGCUCAGAGCAAGGUCACAACAUGUUGGUCUACGAGUGUUUCAGGAACGGUUCACUACACGAGUUCCUUCAUUUGUCAGAUUGUUUCAGUAAACCUUUGACUUGGAACACAAGAGUCAGAAUCGCCUUGGGAACCGCUCGAGCCGUUGAAUAUCUACACGAGGCAUGUUCACCGUCUGUGAUGCAUAAGAACAUAAAGUCUUCUAACAUUUUGCUAGACGCGGAUCUUAACCCUCGUCUCUCAGAUUACGGCCUCUCAAAAUUCUACACUAGAACGAGUCAAAACCUUGGAGAAGGAUACAAUGCACCAGAGGCCAAGAACCCUGAUGCCUACACACCAAAGAGUGACGUCUACAGCUUUGGAGUCGUCAUGUUAGAGCUUCUCACCGGUCGAGUUCCAUUUGACGGAGAGAAGCCAAGGCCGGAGAGAUCGUUGGUGCGAUGGGCGACACCGCAGCUUCACGACAUAGAUGCAUUAUCGAAUAUAGCAGAUCCAGCAUUGCACGGACUUUACCCACCAAAGUCAUUGUCAAGAUUCGCUGACAUUAUCGCAUUAUGCGUACAAGUGGAACCAGAGUUCCGACCACCGAUGUCGGAAGUGGUGCAGGCGCUUGUAAGGAUGGUUCAAAGGUCAAGUAUGAAGCUUAAAGAUGAUCUUAGAGCACACGAAGAGUAUGAUUUCUAGU